GAUCAUGCGCUAUAAUGAACUUUCAAUACGGAUGGACGGUGUGGAUGUAAGGAAAGUACAUCACUGUGGGCCCCGCAGUUAGGCAUCCGAAACCGCCCCCGCCAAACAGCGCUGUUCCGCAAUUACGCAAAAGUAAAAAAUGAAGGAGAGGGAAAAAGAAAAAAGAAAAAAAGAAAAAAAGAAAAACGAGCAAGGGUUAGGGCUUACCUUGCCAGAGAGAGAGAGAGAGAGAGAGAUCGAAGGAGACGCUGAGAGAGGGAGAAGGAGACGUUGGGUCAGAGCAGGUUGAGACUUUGUUACCUGUAACAUUUCUCCCCCAAACACAAACUGUAAGAAAGUCAUCUGUAACUCUCUUACAUUUUACACAAGUUACAGGCAUCCAAACGGCCCCUCAUGGUGGGACCCACAGAACUUGGUGAUCAGUAGCGAGUCUCGCUACUCAACCUGUCAGUAGCUAAUCCGCGUCUUGUUUUAAACUCUGCUGUGGCGAAACACCAGCUUCUCCGUUCUCUGAGACAGAAGCAGAGUCUUUCACUUCACUCGCAGUUUCAAAUAUCCAACAAAAGCGUUCUCUAAGUACGAAAUCUAUCCAACCUAUCUCCUUUUCUUCAUUCCGUCAUUUUCACAGUUAGUUGGUAUGCAAGUGGAGAUUUUCCUCUUCAAAACCCUUAACGAUGUGGAACUUCGGAAGAAGAUCAAACCGUUGGAUUUUCUCUUCUCUUAUUCAAACCAAUUUCAUGUCGCUGAGAUUUAAAACGACCCAAUUCAUGAACUCAAGCGGUUUUGCUGAAUCGGCGUCCUUCGGCAAUAAAACUCAAAUGGGUCGUCUUAUUUCUGACUUUUCCAAUCCCUUCUUCCCUUCGUCCAUCACCACAUGUAGAUUUUCAAGUACCCACGUCGAUGUUGAUGAUGAUGAUAAUGACUUUGAUGCUGAUGGUGAUGAUGAGGAUUGCGAUGGUCUUGAAUUAUCACAGCUGGGUACAAAAGAUGAAGGUCUGAUUCGAAAUGUCGAGACGGUUCUGGGCUUUCUACGUGAUUUCGGACGUGAUGCUGCUGAGGUGAAGCGCAGGCUGGAGGGAUGCAGUGUUCCCGCUUCGCCGGAAUUGGUCGCAGAGGUCCUUUCUCGAGUCAGAAAUGAUUGGGAAGCAGCGUUUACCUUCUUCCUGUGGGCCGGGAAGCAGCCGGGCUAUGUGCAUUCUGUCCGUGAAUACCAUUCGAUGAUUUCAAUUCUGGGGAGGAUGAGAAAGUUCGACACGGCGUGGGCCUUGAUUGAUGAGAUGAGAGGGGGCAAGGAUGGCCCGUCUCUAGUUACUCCUCAGACACUCUUGAUCAUUAUCAGGAGAUAUUGCGCUGUGCAUGAUGUCGGGAAGGCGAUUGGUGCUUUCUAUGCAUUUAAAAGGUUUGGGUUUAAGAUAGGAGUUGAGGAAUUCCAAGACCUUCUAUGUGCCCUCUGCCGCUAUAAGAACGUUCAAGAUGCUGAGCAUUUGCUCUUAUGUAAGGAGAAUGUGUUCCCAUUUGAUACCAAGAGCUUCAACAUUGUUCUCAAUGGAUGGUGCAAUAUGAUGGUUAAUCUGCGGCAGGCGAAAAGGUUUUGGUGGGACAUGGGGAAGAGGGGCAUUGCCCGUGAUGCUUUCUCUUAUGGGAGUAUGAUCUCCUGCUACUCAAAAGCCAGUAGUCUUCGUGAUGUUCUGAAGCUGUUCGACGAAAUGAAGGAGUUGGGGAUCACCCCAGAUAGGAAGGUUUAUAAUGCAGUUGUCUAUGCUCUCGCGAAGGGCAACUGCUUGAUGGAAGCCAUCAAUCUCGUGAAGACAAUGGAAGACAAGGGUUGCGUCCCUAAUGCGGUUACUUAUAAUUCGCUGAUCAAACCUCUCUGUAAAGCUCGCCGGGUGGAUGAUGCACGGGCAAUCUUUGAUGAAAUGCUGGGGAGGGGCAUCUCCCCUUCGGUCAGGACUUACCAUGCAUUCUUUGCUAUUCUAAGGACUGCAGAAGAGGUUUUUGAGCUCUUGCACAAAAUGGAAGAGACAGGGUGCUGCCCCACCAACGAUACUUAUAUCAUGUUGAUCCGUAAAUUUUGUCGGUGGCGGCAGCUCGACAAUGUCUUCAAGCUAUGGAAUGAGAUGGGCAUGAAAGGACUGAGCCCGGAUCGGAGCUCGUAUAUAGUGUUGAUCCAUGGGCUCUUUCUCAAUGGGAAAUUGGAUGAAGCCCAUAAGUAUUAUGAAGAAAUGAAGACGAAAGGCUUUGCCCCAGAACCGAAGACGGAUGAGAUGCUCAAGGCUUGGGUCUCUGGAAAAGAAACUGCAAUGCCUCAGAUUUUAGAUUUGGAAGGAAACAAAGAGGAUCAUUGUACAUUUAGAAAGAACACCAGAGGAACCUCUAAUACUGUUGGCCCAAACAGAGAUUUUCGCAAACCCGAAACAAGAAGUGUAACAAGAGAGAGAGGUUUCUCUUUUUGGUAGCUUAGGAUCUCAUAACACUCAACGGAAAUUCUGCAGUAGUAGAAUCAUAUAUCCCCUGGACUCUUUCCCUUGGUGAACACUUUUUGGUACUAUUCAUUCUCCCAUGGUGACUACAAGUGGUAUGUGUAUAUAUGCUGCUUACCCUUAUGACAGCUGCAUUCCUCAUCUAAAGCUCUUGAAUUUGAAAAUGCCCCUUUGCUUGUACUUUUGUUUCUUGGUAUGCUUCAAAUAGCUAGUAAUUCAUAUUUUGCCUGCCUACCUUA